AUGGCCACCAUCAAUAGUAGUGCUGUACUUCCAGAACGUAUGCGUCCGAUUCUGGAAAAUUGUCUUUUGAUCUGGCUUGAUGCUGAUUUCGAUGAAUUGAAAAAUGAUUAUAAACAAUCAAUGCAACAGCUUCGAAAUGUCAUAGCAACAAUUAUUACAUUUACAGAUGCCGAUCAAUGUGUUGAUUAUCUUAGUGACGUUAAAGAUGAAAAAGUGUUGAUGAUCAUAUCUGGUUUACUGGGACAACACGUAAUACCAGAGAUUCAAGCAUGUCCACAAUUGAACUCCGUAUAUGUUUUUUGUGAUAAUCAAUCAAUUCAUGAGCAAUGGGCAAGAAAAAUACCCAAGAUAAAAGGUAUUUGCACACAAAUUGAACCGAUUUGUAAAGCAUUAGAAAUCGACCAUAAACAUUGUGAUCGAUCUAUGAUCUCGAUGAGUUUUCGUGGCAUCGAUCCUUUGUUUAUGUACACACAAUUGCUUAAAGAAGCAUUUUUGGAAAUCGAAGACGAUGACGCGACAUCUAUUAAAGAACUGGUUGAUUAUUGUCGUCUUCACAAUGCUGCUUCUCCAACCAUACUGGAAAAGCUCGAACGAGAAUAUCGUCAUCAUCCACCAAUUUGGUGGUAUACAGGACCCUUCUUUAUUUAUUCUAUGCUCAAUCAUGCUCUUCGACUUAUGAAUGUUGAUGUUAUAAUGAGAAUGGGUUUUUUUAUUCGUCAUUUACACAAACAUAUUGAAAAAUUGCAUGGCGAACAACAAUCCAAUGAGCCCACCAACAGACCAUUCACAGUCUUCCGUGGACAAGGUUUGUCCAUGGAAGACUUCGACAAAAUGAAACAGACAAAAGGAGGACUUAUGUCCUUCAAUAACUUUAUUUCAACCAGUCGUCAACGAGACAUUUCACUUGGCUUUGCACGUCUAUCACUCUACAAUACUAAUUCUGUCGCCAUACUCUUCGUUAUGAAUAUUGAUCCAAUGGUAUGUGUACAAUCAAAAAUUCCCUAUGUUGACGUGAAAGGUGUCGGUUACUACGACAAUAAAGAAGAAGAAGUACUUUUUACGACACAUACGAUCUUUCGCGUCAAUCAAAUGAAGCGCAUCGAGGAAAAUGACACAGAUCGGCUGUGGCAAGUUAACCUCACUCUUACGGAUGACGAUGAUAAUGAACUUAAUACACUUACCAAACAUUUACGUGCAGACCACAAGUGGACAACAGGAUGGAAUCGACUAGGAAGGAUACUGAUUGAACUGGGUGAUCCCGCAAAAGCAGAACAUUUGUAUACAAUUUUACUCGACAAGGCGUCAUCCGAUUACGAUCGUGUAGAAUACUAUCACCAACUUGGUACGGUAUAUACUAACAUGGGCGAACACUCCAAAGCACUUUCAUCGUACGAACGAUCACUUGAAAUCAACAAAAUAGCUCUCCCUCCGAAUCAUCCCAAUUUGGCUAGUUCCUACAACAACAUCGGAGAAGUGUAUAGAAUGAGGGGCGAGUACUCGAAAACACUUUCAUCAUUUGAACGAUCACUUGAAAUCCGAAAAAUAGCUCUCCCUCCAAAUCAUUCCGACUUGGCUAUGUCCUACAACAACAUCGCUUCAGUGUAUGAUAACAUGGGCGAGUAUCCGAAAGCACUUUCAUCGUACGAACGAUCACUUGAAAUCCGAAAAAUAGCUCUUCCUCCGAAUCAUCCCCACUUGGCUCACUCCUACAACAACAUCGGGGUAGUGUAUUAUAACAUGGGCGAUUACUCGAAAGCACUUUCAUCGUUUGAACGAUCACUUCAAAUCCGAAAAAUAGCUCUCCCUCCGAAUCAUCCUGAUUUGGCUGUUUCCUACAGGGACAUCGGUGGAGUGUAUAAUAGGAUGGGAGAGUACUCGAAAGCACUUUCAUCGUUUGAACGAUCACUUGAAAUCCAAAAAAUAGCUCUCUCUCCGAAUCAUCUCCAAUUGGCGGCUUCCUACAACAACAUCGGUUUGGUGUAUGAGAACAUGGGCGAGUACUUGAAAGCACUUUCAUAUUACGAAAAAGACCUGGAGAUCAGUCUGAAAGCUCUCCCUUCGAAUCAUCCCAAUUUCGCUCAAUCCUACAACAACAUCGGUAAUGUGUAUUCUCACAUGGGCGAGUAUUCUAAAGCACUUUCAUCGUACGAACAGUCACUUGAAAUUAAAAAAAUAGCUCUCCCUCCGAAUCAUCCCGACUUGGGUAAUUCCUACAACAACAUCGGUGCAAUGGGCGAGUACUCGAAAGCACUUUCAUCGUACGAACGAUCACUUGAAAUCAAAAAAAUUGCUCUCCCUCUGAAUCAUCCCGACUUGGCUUCUUCCUUCAACAACAUCGGUUUGGUGUAUCAUCACAUGGGCGAGUACUCGAAAGCACUUCAAUAUUAUGAAAAAGCCCAAGAAAUCUGGAAAAAAUCACUACCUUCAAAUCAUCCACAUAUUGCACUUGCGAAAAGAAACAUUGACAAUGUGAAAAAGAAAAUGUAA